CAAAACAAAAAUCUAGUGAUCCCAUAAUAUCAAGAACCUGUAGCUUCUUUUCUCAAAACUAAACAAUACUCAUAUAAUUACGUCACAUUUUUUAGCCAUGAUGAAUUCACGGAUAAUUAUUACCAUCGGAUUCUCUUAUAUUAUCAGUUCGAUUCGUGCAUACGAUCCUGAUGCUCUUCAAGAUCUCUGCGUUGCUGAUAAAUCCCAUGGAACCAAGUUGAAUGGAUUUCCAUGCAAAGAAACGUCAAACAUCACGUCGUCCGACUUAUUCGUUGCCGGAAUUUCAAAACCCGCAGUUAUAAAUUAAACUCCACGACUGGCUCCGCCGUUACGGAACAUGGAGAAGAUCCCAGGGCUAAACACUCUUUCCGUCUCUUUAGCACGGAUAGACUAUGCGCCGGGUGGUUUGAACCCACCUCACACUCACCCACGCACCACUGAAGGAGAGCUCGAAGUUGGGUUUAUCACGACGGCAAACAAGCUUUUCUCAAAAACCAUUUUUUGUUUUUCCAAGAGGGCUUGUGCAUUUUCAGAAAAAUAAUGGCAAAUCUCCAGCAUCGGUUUUGUCGGCGUUUAAUAGUCAGCUACCAGGAACGGUUUCUGUUGCAGCGAUGCUUUUUGCGGCGGAACCUGCUUUGCCGGAAGAUGUGUUGACAAAGACUUUUCAGUUGGGGUCUAAGAUGGUUGAUAAGAUUAAGGAUAUGCUUGCUACGAAGAAAUCAUUUAAAUGAUAAUAUCGUCACGUUUAUGAUGAGAAACCUAUCAAGGUUUUUCAUUAAUGGUAUGGUAACUAAAAAUAAUCUAUUACUGUAAUUAUCUGAUUUGUAUGGGUUUGCAAAAGAUAAUUUAUUUUUUUAUACAUAAUAUUAAAUAAAUAAAUCAUCAUGUAUGAGUACUUCUGAGGUUUAGGUUUGUGAUUCAUAAUAUAUACCCUUCACUCCCUUAAUAAUUAUAAGAGCGUUAGGAUGCUAAAUUAAGAUUUUUAUUAAUAAAGAAAGUUGUAAUUUUUUAAUUUAAAAUAGUUUUGUAUUUAAAUUAUAAAAUGACAAUUGACAAUUGAUUGAUAAACAUACGGAGCUAGUUUCACAUCCAGUUCUUGCGGUUAUUAGUUUUAGACUCUUUUCUACUCCCUCCGUUAUUUAAUAUAAGUCGUUUUAUAGAAACCUUUUUGUUCCAACUUAUAUGUCGUUUUCGGUUUUCUAUGUAACAUUUAUUAAUAAUUAAUAUUGUCUGACCAGUGAUAAUAUAUCUUCUAUUUUUCUAUUGGUUAAAUUGUGGUUAGGUAAAUAAUUAAUGAUGUUUUUUUGAAAAUAUAAUAAAUUAAUGAUUUUCUUAAUUUAUGUGCAUAGCUUUAAAACGACUUAUAUUAAAAAACGGAAGGAGUAUAUUUCUUUUAUUUUUAAUUUUGAUCAAUGGAGAUAUUUUGAAGUUUAUUUUAGUUAUGACUUUAUAAGUUUAAGUUUAGGAUUGGACCAAAACCUAAGAUGGACUGAAAAUGUAUAAAGAGCUAACUAAUAAGGCCCAUGACAACAAUUCGUUUUGUUUUAUUCGCCAGUUCUUAAAUUCUUAAAACAUGAUUAAUGCGGAUCUCUUAAAAUGAUGUUUUACGGUAAUAUAAGAAACUUCUUUUAGUUUUUUCUUAACUAAAUCCUAUCAUGAACUACAUAUGGUUGGCUUAUUUUCAUGCAACAUUUAAAUAAAACACAUUUAAAUAAUGAAACGCAUAUCUAUAAAUAAUUAUUUUUGGGUUGAAAUUAGAUUUGUAAUUGAACCGUCCUAAACCGCUUGGUUCAUCCAUUCAAUCCAAUGAUUCAAUGUUCUUUCCUUUUAUUUCAGCAGUAUUUUUUUUGUUUCCUUUUCUUUCAGACGUCAAUGGCAUAUAUAAAUAAAUAAAUUGAAAACACAAUCAGUCGUGGUUCUAAUCAGGUUUGUGUCUGGAUCCUCUCUCACAUCACAGAAAGCCUAGCGCUAGAAGGGAAAUCCGGUAAUCAAAUCAAUGAAAGGAAGAUGUACGAUUCAGGGAUGUAGUCGAUUGGCAUUGAAGACGAGGAAGAAUGAGACGAAGAAGGUGUGUGGGCUGUGGUCGCUGCCAGAUGAUGUGUUUGUGGACUGCCUGGCUCAGGUGUCGAGAUUGGACCUCGUGGCCUUAGCUAUGGUCUCCAGGAGACACCGGUUUUACGCAGUGUCGACUAGAUUCUGGGCCUUGAGGUAUCGGAUGGGUAACGUGGACCCAUACUUGUACGUAUUUAUGCACAUGCAUCCCGACCCAAGCCCAUGUUGGUUCGUCCUCCACCCCAUGCAACGUCGGCUGAAACGUAUCAAUUUGAACUUGUAUCCGGCGACCCCAGUAACAGGAUCAUGUUUCGUGAAGACGGAUUUGGGGAUCUAUACUAUCGGUGGACUCAUCAACGGCAAACCAACAUCGGAAGUCACGUUUCUGAAUUGUAUCGAGCACACAGUGUACCGCAUCACGCCUAUGAAGAUGGCUCGAAGCGGAGCAUCGGCAAGUUUGAUAGAGGACGGGGAGAAUAAGAAGAAGAAGAAGAUAUACGUGUUUGGAGGGUGCUGGGAUGUGGCUGAUUCCUCCAACUGCGUAGAGGUAUAUGAUAUCGAAACCGGAACGUGGGAGUUGUUGUCUGUGUCUACGCCCAAGAUGCCCCUCAAAAUCAAAGAGAGUAUGGUGAUGGACGAGAAGCAUGUCUACGCGGUGGAUGAGGAUGGUGAAAUCUUUGUUUUCUUGACAAGCAAAAGUAUGUUUUGCGCAGAGGGAGAAAAAGAGACUAACCCGGAUGAUAAAAACGAUUGGCGUUUGUUUGAUCAGACGUUUUUCUGCCGUGGUGUCGGCGGGAGAAUACUGUGGCGUUUGCCGCGUGAGUUUGGUUGGAAGGAAGUCAAGGGUUUGGAAGAGCUGCAGCAGCAACACAUUAUCAAACUAUGCGCCUUCUCUGUCCAGAGGAUGGCCAUCUUCUGGGAAGCCCAAGGUUCUGAUCAGAUUUUGGAGCUUUGGUAUGCCGAGAUUACCCUCAAAAUGACAAGACGCGAGGAAGGCGAGGAGGAGGAGGUAUGGGAGGUUUGGGGGAACAUUGAGUGGUCCGGUGCUGUCCUCUCAGACUCAUCAUACACUGGCCUUAACUUGUUAUUUGCUGAUUCUCUCUAUCUCUGAAUAUAUUCUCAAGCCUUUUGUUUUUUUUUUCCAAAACUUUAUUUUAUGUAUCUCCUGUUUGUGU